AUGGAUAUUAUUGAAAAAUAUCAAAUUUAUUUAAAUCAACUUUUGACAUCGAAUGAAACUGCUUUAGCAAUGUAUCUCUAUUAUAAUUGUACAUUACCGAGAUUUGGUUCAAUGUGUCAAUAUUCAUUCGAUGAUUAUGAUCCUAAUCAUGUAUCCUUAUAUGAAUUUACUUAUGAAUGGUAUUUGAAAGUUAGAUAUGAAAAACGAAAUCAAUCAUGCUAUAUGCAUUUACAAUGCAGUCUUGGUGAAACUCCAUUAUGCAUCGAGUGGUACAAUAUCUGUGAUGGAAUUAUUCAAUGUAUCGAUGGAGUAGACGAAGAACAUUGCUGGAAACUCGAAAUUAAUGACUGCAAAGACGAUGAAUAUCGAUGUUUCAACGGGCAAUGCAUACCUUUGGUAUUCAAUACAAAUGGUGACACCUAUCCGGAUUGCUUCGAUUCAUAUGAAGCAUUUAUACAUCCCACUGGAGAAGAGAGCAAUCUUUUUGAAACACCCUUUAGAUACGAAGAUCACAAGUGUAUGAUGAACUCACUGAGAUUAUCGGACCAACAAAUAGAUUCUUGUCAUGAUACCUACAAUGCUCUUUUUAAAACAUUAUUAUUUGCCAAUAAACCAAAUUCAAUGGAUAAUAUCUGUUGGUUAGCACUUCUAUGCUACUUUGAAUCUAUAUACUCAUGGCAAUUAAACUGUAAUGAUUUUUGUUCAGAAAAAACAUGUCAAGAAAAAAUUCAACAAAAUUGUUCAAAUAUAUUCUAUAUGCCAAGCGCACCGGUAGCGUUUGGUCAUAUCUAUUUUGCUUAUACAAAAAAUUACAUUAUCGAACAAAAAGUGCCAACAAUGGCACCUGAGUAUGUAUGUUACAAUAAAGAACUUUGCAAUGGAUCUUAUCUUAAUAGACCAUCGAUUUCAUUCAACGGAACCAUUUGUACUCGUUUCGAAAAUAUUCCAAUUGGAUCUGGUGGAUAUGGCUCUUGGACUGCAGAUUACGUUCAUCGUGUGCAUGAAGGACUUUCUCAUUGUAAUACAGCUUUUCGAAAUGAUUCUUCAUUUUGUAACAAAACAACCAUGUAUCAAUGUAUCAAUUCAUCUAAAUGUAUCGCAAACGUUCGUGUUCUCGAUAAUAUAAUUGAUUGUGACUAUGGUGACGAUGAAACAUUAAUCAUGAUCAAUAAUAUUGAUUUCAUAAAGCAUGGUACAAUGCAUAUAUAUUGUACGGUAAAUAAAAUAUUUAUUUCUCGAAAAUUAAUGGUAGAUUAUAUGUGUAACUGUGGAUACGAUAUCUAUGAUUUAUGUGAAGAUUUACCUUCAAAUCUAAAUUAUAUUACAGAACAUAUAUCAUUUCCAACAAUUUGUGAUGGAUCAACUCAAUUAAAACCUAUACUUAUCAACGGACAAAAUCAAACAGAUGAAACAGAAUGUGAACUAUGGCUGUGUAAUAAUACAUAUACUCGUUGCAAUGGUAUCUGGAAUUGUUUGAACGGUGCUGAUGAAGUUGAUUGUUAUCCAUCGUUAUUGAAAAAUUGUCCACGUCAUAGUUAUUUAUGUUUCUCAUUCGAGACAAGUGAGUUGAUGUGCCUUUCAAUAAAUAAAAUUAAUGAUGGCAAUAUCGAUUGUUUGGGUGCCAUCGAUGAGCAACAAGUAUGCGCUGAAAAGAAUCCUUCCGAUAAUGGAUGGCCAUUUUCUUGUCAAAUAGGCUUCGAUACAAUAGGUAUAUCAUUUGCCGGUCUCUGCGAUGGAAUCAACAAUUGUUUACAUGGAGAUGAUGAAAGAUUUUGUGCUCAUAUCUCAAAUCAUACAGAAUUGUUUGGUAAUUAUGGCAAAUGUACUCAAGUCACGACCAUAGCUCUCCCUAAUAUUGAAUAUUAUUUCUGUAGCAUCUUCACAUAUAAAUGUGAAUUUCGAAUGAAAUUUUUUUCACUUAAUACAAUACGAAAAACAAGAAGCGAUAUAACAACAAAUGAUAAUGCACGUUCUUUAACAUCUACAAUUCCUCUUCAAAAUCAACAUCGUUGUCAUCGUGGUAUUGAUUUACGGGUCUGGUUAGAUAGUAAAAAUAAUCAUAGUACUACUACGUGUCUCUGUUCACCAAAUUAUUAUGGCAAUAAAUGUCAAUAUCAAAAUCAACGGGUCAAUUUCGUUGUACAAUUUCAAGCAUAUACUGAUUCAUGGAAAACACCAUUUAUUCUUAUUGUUAUGCUCAUUGACGAUAGUUAUCAACGAAUCAUUCACUCACAUACACAACUUACAUACAUACCUAUACCAAAUUGUAAAACAAAAUAUAUUGUUGAUUUACUUUAUUCAACACAACCAAAAAAUCACUCACAACAAUAUUCAAUACAUAUUGAUAUUUAUGAAAAAAUAUCAUUAUUAUAUCGAGGCAGUUUACUAGUACGAUUACCAUUUCCAUUUUUACCUGUGGAACGUAUUUCUGUUUUACUUAGAAUUCCAUAUACUAAUGAUAAUUUUCAAAGUUGUUCAGAUCAUAAUUGUAUUCAUGGUCAAUGUAUUCGAUAUUUUAAUGAUCCAAACAAAACUACAUUUUGUCGAUGUCAUGAAGGAUGGUCUGGUCGAUAUUGUUCUAUUGAACAUGUAUGUACCUGUGCAUCAGGCUCACUAUGUGUUGGUAUUUUACCGAAUAACCAAUCUAUUUGUGUUUGUCCGAUAGAUAAAUGGGGUUCUCGAUGUUUACUUGAUGAUCAUAUAUGUCAAUUUAAUAUAUCAUGUCAACAUGAAGGUUUAUGUAUACCUUUUGAUAGAUAUUCAUUAACAAAUAAACAAUUUAAAUGUAUUUGUCCAAAUGGUUUCUUUGGAGAAGUAUGUGACAUAGCAUCAAAUAAAAUCAUUUUAUCAUUUAAUAAAGAUAUUAUUAUACCACAAUCAAUGUUUAUUCAUUUUAUUGAAGUAAAAGAUUAUGCUGCACCUGAAAAUGGUACUACAUUGAAAAAAAUUCCUUUAGCACAAAAUUCUAUCACUAUUUAUUGGUCACGACCAUUUCAUAUUGCAUUUGUGGAAUUUUAUCCUAAUAAUUACUAUUUAAUCACUGUUCAACAGACAUAUAAUCGAUCGAUGACAAUGGAAAAAACAUUGGAACUUACAGAUCAUUGUUUGCAUAUACGUGAUAUAUUUGAUGAAAGUAUUACUAAUCUUCAUCUACUUCGUCGUAUUAAAUAUUAUCAUAUACCAUGUCAACAAUAUAAACCAUUAUUGUCUUGUUUUUAUGAUGAUGGUAAUAAUAAUAGUGAUGGUCAUAUUUGUUUAUGUUAUGAUUUUGAUGGUCAACGUCAAGCGAAUUGUUUUGAGUUUAAUCAUCAAAAGAAAUUUGAUUGUCGAGGUCAAAGUAAUUGUGAAAAUGGAGCUCAAUGUUUACAAGAUAGUGUUGAUUGUCCAACAACAUCAAUGUGUGUUUGUUUACCAUGUUUUUACGGAACACGUUGUCAAUUCAGUACAAAUGGUUUUUCUCUUUCAUUAGAUUCUAUCUUAGGUUAUCACAUUCAACCACAUGUUAAUAUUAAUCAUCAACCAACUAUAGUCAAAAUAAGUAUAAUGCUUAAUAUUAUAUUUACUACAGUUGGAACUGUCAAUGGUGUUUUAUCAUUAAUUACUUUUUUAAAUAAAGAACCACGUAAAACAGGCUGCGGUUUUUAUCUUAUUGGAUCAUCAAUUACUACACUUAGUACAAUGAUAUUUUUUGCAUGUAAAUUUUGGAUUCUUAUUUAUGCACAAAAAACAUAUAUAACAAAUCGAUUAUUUCUAAAAUUUCAAUGUAGUUCUAUUGAUUUUUUAUUGCGAAUCAGUUUAAAUAUGGAUCAAUGGUUAAAUGCAUGUGUAACUAUGGAACGAGCAAUUACUGUUAUUCAAGGAGUUAAUUUCAAUAAGAAAAAAAGUAAAAGAUUAGCAAAAUUUAUUAUUUCUGCUCUCCUUAUUACUGUUAUUAGUACACUUAUUCAUGAUCCUUAUCAUCGAACUCUUAUUGAUGAUGAUGAUAAUGAUGAAAAACGAAUUUGGUGUAUUGUUACUUAUUCGCCAAAUAUUCAACUAUACGAUUCAAUAAUAAAUAUUUUACAUUUUAUUAUUCCAUUUAUUAUUAAUUUUAUAUCAGCAAUUAUUAUUAUUAUACAGACCAGUCGUUCCAAAACAGCAGCUAAAACUGAUCAAAGUUACAGAAAAGUUUUACAUGAACAACUAAAACAACAUAAACAUCUUCUGAUUAUUCCAGUUAUAUUAAUUGUUCUUGGUAUACCACGUUUAAUAAUUUCUUUUGCUUCUGGAUGUAUGAAUUCAACUGCAGAUUCAUGGUUGUUUCUUAGUGGAUAUUUUAUCUUUUUCGUUCCGCCUACAAUAACCUUCAUUAUACAUGUCCUUCCAUCAAAAUUCUAUAAGAAAGAACUUAACAAAACAAUUCAAAGAUAUCAAAAAACAAUACGAGAACGUAUACAACGUCAAUGA